AAGAUGAGAUACCCAAAUAGGAUCCAUUUUCGAAGCUAUUUGACAUAUUGCAAAAAGGGUUUAUACCUCAUCUGAAAAUGGUAUCGAUUACGAUGUUCGCAAUUUUAACUAGGUGUGGAGGAUGACUAAAAUCAGACAUUAAUAAUCUGACAAAUAUUUUCUUUUCCGCAUUUCCCAAAACAGAUUGAGUUACGAUUCAUCACUGACAAAUUAUUGCAUCGACGACAAAUUAUAGUUUAUAGCCACAAUUGGCAUAUUUUCUUAAACAGUUGCAAAAUGAAAUAACAUAAAUAUAACCUCAUCCCUCAGUGAUUCAAGUUUAUUCUUCUUCUUAUCUUUCAUGUCCAUCAAACAAUCACUUGAUUAUUUACUCAUUACAUUCAUAUAAUACUCACUCAACAUGUCAAAAGUCUCAAUUGCUAUUAUUGGUAUUAACGGUUUCUUAGGUAAACCAGUUUUAGAAGCCAUUAAUUCAGGUAAAUUCGAUGAUAAAAUCGCUUAUCCAAUUAAAGCAUUAACUAGAAAAGAUGUUGAAUCCACUGAAAAGAUUCAAUAUAUUAAAACUGAAAUUGAUGAUGCUUCAAUUCCAUUCAUUGUUGAAUCAUUAAAAGGAGUUGAUUCUGUUAUUGAAUUAGUGGCUGCUCGUCCUGAACUUUAUGAAGUUCUUGAAAAAGUUGUCAUUCAAAUUAAACCAAAAGUUUAUAUCCCAUCUACUUUCGGUGUUGAUUUAACCAAAAUUCAUCCUUAUGCUCCAGGUUUUUUAACUACCAAACAUCAUCAUGUUGAUCAUGUUAGAAAAGCCGGUAUUAAAACUGUUGAUUUUGCUAAUUCUUUAUUCGCUGUCCCAGGUGCUUUCCUUUAUGAAUAUGCUGGUGCCGUUGGUGUUAACCCAGCUGAUAAUACCGUUACUGUUCGUGGUUCUCUCCAAGAUAAAAUCUCCAUUUCUAAAGUUGAAGAUAUUGGUUAUUCCAUUGUUUCAUUAUCAACUCUUCCAGUUGGAAAAAUUCCUGAUCUUUUCAGAAUUCAUAGUGAAGUCGUUACUGUUCAAGAUGUUAUUACUAAAUAUGAAAUCAAUCAUAAUGUUAAAUUAGAAAUUGUUAAGACUAUUUCAAAGGAAGAUGCCUUAAAGGAAUUAUUAGAAACAAUCCCAGGUGAAAUUAAUUUCUUUGCUGCUGAUUUUACUUUACCUAAUUUCUUCUUAUAUUUACAAGUCAUUGUUUCUCAAGGUACUGAAAAGGGUGCUCAUUUCUUAGAAGUUGAUAAUGAAUUAGUUAAUCCAGGUGAAAAAUAUUGGAAAUGGGGUAAAUUCUAAGUAAGUAAUUAUAUAAUUGUUUAGUUAGGAGUUAUAAUAUCAUUUCAAUUGAUUUAUUAAAGACUUAAUAAAAUUGUCGUAGGAUCUCUCAAUAAAUCUAUUUGAUCGGCAAAUACUACAUGAACAGAAGUGGCAAAUGAAUGAACCAUGUGAAUCACCAUAUAAACGAUCCGAAUUAUAAUCAAACUAUCGGAAGCACUAACUCCUUAAAAGAUUAUUCGAAUUGGUAAGCCCUUUACAAAUUGUUAGUUGCAAAACUAGCUUAUGUUAGUUGUAACAUCCAUACCACAAUACAAAAGAUGUUGAAUUACUAAUCAUUA